CACAAAUAUUCGACCGUUUCUGAAUAAAUCGUCUGGUUCUUAUAAAAAGCGGAACCUAGACGAAGCGAACGAUUUACCCACAAUGCAGUUACGAAAACGAAAGUAGAAACGACAGUGAGGCAUGGGUCUAAUAUUCAAGGUAUAAUAUCGUCAACCCUAACCUGAUGAACAAAAAAAAGCGUUGAUUAUUAAAAUACUUCAGCACAGAUAGUUUCAAUUUAUCGGACAUGCCAGUGUCUGUAUCGGACUUGAAUUGGUGUUCUGACCACAAGAGCUGAAAUAAUGUGUAAAAAUGUGAUGACAAAUACACGAGAGAUUUUGAAGGUACAACGAUAGCCAGACAGGUUGGCGCCACUAUCCGGAUUUCGUCUAAUGACAGAUUCGUCCCACACGUAUGAUGAAACAAAGGACCCGACCGUCCGUGAAUAAAAACUUACAAAGUAGUGCUUUCCACGCCUAUUCAGCAGUGUCACUUUUUUCCCCAGAACAUCAGUGUCAGCAGUGAACGGUAUGGCAUUUUCUCUAGUGCUUUUUGACACAGAUGGAUGCACAGCCAUCUUGAAGACAACAAAACUUGAAAAUAAAGAUGCUGAACCAAUCAGGAAAGGUUUGGUGUGUACAACAGUAUGGCAGAAAACAUCACACAAAGUUGAGGUCCUUGAAGUGUCAGAUUCUAACUCAUACCUCAACACAUAUGAAGAUGACUGGUCUAUGUCGCAUAGAGGGUUGGAACUAGACAGAGUGAAAGCUAGUCGAGGAGACAGGGAACUUGGUGGCUAUUUGACAAUUUGGCCUCAUGAUGUAUUUGAACAGGAAUCAGCUGAAUCUGUGCCAACUGAUAGUGCCCCAGUGCCAAAGAGAAAGAGGACUCAGAACAGAGAGGAACUCGGUGAAUCUACAGCUGAAAAGAAUGUCCCUGCCACAAAGAAAAAAACAGGAUCUACAGCUGAAAAGAAUGUCCCUGCCACAAAGAAAAAAACAGGAAAAACACAGACUGCAAGGAAAACGCUUCCCAAAAAGAACAGAACAACAACAGCAUUAGCAGGGAACCAGACAGAGAAGCAGGGCACAAAUGGCAGGAAAGUUGUGGUGCACUUCCAGGGAGCGGGAGAAUAUUCCGAGCGAAGAGCAGUGCCGCAACGGUCCCCAUUCUUCAUUGAUGAUCUGCCCGAGGACCAGGUUGAUUUGAUAAAUCAAGAAUUGCAGCAGCAUGUAAAUGGAAAGUCAACCAUUUCCACACAGACUGACACUGUCACUGUCAUCACACCAGAGGAUGUCAUGGACUUUCCAAGCAGGCCAACUUGCCAUCAAAGUACAUCGACUGACGACCUACCUAACAACCAGAUGGACAUAUUGUUUAAGAAUGUCAGUGAUAUUAAAGACAAUCAUCUUGCUAGGAUUAUCUCACUUCUGGAGAAACUUGAUAGAAGGGGUUCCCUAGGUGACAUCCAGACCUUUUUAAGGCUUGAGGAUGAUGACAUUAUAGAAUCAACAGACAUUAAUGUUCAGGCUGUGAACCCAACGAUAGUGUUUGAGGAACCACAAACUGCAGAUAGUGAGGAAUCAAAUACUCUGCCAGUAAUCGAUAUCACACCCACACAUGCUACCGAGGAGGAAGAAAUGCCUGAACACCCAGAUUCCUAUCUUAUUGCUGCAUCAUCAGAUUACAUAUCUGGGGAAGCUACUCCUAGCACUGCACUUCCAGUUUCACCACCAUUCCUUACACGCAGAAAAGUUUCCAAAUGCCAGAUCCCUUGUGGAUCUGGUGCAUUGGUGGAGAUUGACUCGGCCCAGGAUAUGACAGGUAUCAAUGUAGAUGCAGAAGUCCGGAUCAAGCCUGCAUUAUUCCAGGAACUCAGAGGGAGCAACACACCAUCCGGAGUGUUUGCCUGGAGAUUAACUAGGCAUAUCUAUGAACGAGAUGAACUUCGGGGCAGGAAUUUUUAUGGAAAUCGGGGACGCCAAGCCAUAUCGCCAAGGAGAGCUCAUGCUGUAGAGCACAGCGUACUUGACAUUUAUGGAGCUGGAGAACUGAGGUACGCCGUAUCAUCUGUUAACACAGGGAUACGAAAUAUCACCUAUAGAGAGAAAGUGUCAGCAGCUAGAGGUCCACUUUGUUCCUUGGAAAAUACACGUUGUGUCACCAGGGAUUUAUCACCAGUGACUAGUCACCAAGACUAACAACAGUGAUUCAUUGGAAACACUGGAAACUGGAACUUCGAAAUAUGUGAAAAUGGGAAAAAAAUACUAAAGACAAUGUGCAGUGCAUAAAUAUUUAUUUGCAUGAACAUUCUUAAAAUGACCGCUUUGUUUCUUUUUUUUAGUACAAUUAAAUAUUCAACUUAUUUAUAUAUUAUUGAUUCAUUGUAUGUAGCCAUGAUAAGCAUGGGUGCCAGUUGUUCAAAGUCACGUAAUACUGAUUAUUAUUAUAAAAAUCCCAAUAAUUCUAUGUUUCAUAUGAUAAUUGUUUGAAAUAAAAAAAAACAUGCUGAGCAGAUCAAAUAGUAAUUUGUUGAGCAUAUUUAAGAAAUUUGAGCUUAGCUUGAUAUAUAUACACAUAUAUUAAUCAUGACUAGAGAAGUUUGCUUUGAUAGUCCUUUUUUAUAAAUCUUUUAUCUUGAAUGCAUAUGUUCAGAAUUGUAUGCAAUACAAAUAAUUGAUGACUGAGAAUAAAUGUAUAAUUAACUAUAUUUCCGUUGUUUUGUUUAUCUAAAAACAUGGACAAAUACAUGAACAAUCUUAUAAAUAAAUUACUCCAAAAAGGGUGAGACUUCUACAGUAUUUUAAAAAAGCAUCUCCCACUCCCCUCUUUCAAAUGAUUUUUUUCAUUGUUGCUGAAUUAUCCAUAGCAAGUAAAUCAUGUAAUUUGAACAUUAUCACAAUUUAAGGUUUAAUGAACUGAUUGACAGAGAUUCAAGCCCUGCUUAA